GCACGCAUUGCGCACUCUCCAAUGCGCCGUUUCUCUCUCUUUGCCCUUCUCUGCUCUCCACACUCCUCUGAAAUAACGAUCGUGUACAACGCCAACGCUUGGUGAAUCGCAUAAGAAACACGACGUCGACUAAAAAAGGCGAUGUAGCCAGUUUUCGUCGCCAAGGCGCCGUUUGCUGCCAUCGGUUAGCACCGAGCGUGCUGCCUGCGCGUCGCCGUCGCCGUCGUCGUCGUCGUCGACGUCGUCGCCGCCACCGCCACCGCCGUCACCACCUACACCUACAGUCGUCAGUCCUUUGCGUCACAAUAUCGGCGUCACCUCAGCCACAUCACAGAGAAGAUGAUGAGCUACUAUCUUCCUCAAGGCAUGACGCCGUCGGUAUCAAACACUUACUACACCUCGUUAGAAGCACCGCGAUUAACUACGGAAAUUCCUGAAGAUAACGAAGUACUGCCAGAUGCUAUCGAAACUAUCACAGAUUCCACAAAACCUGAAGAUAUCCGAAAGCCAAGAAGAAAAGGUACAAAUCUCUAUGGACGCCCGUAUUGUCCGGGUCGACCACUUUCUAUGGCAGAACGGCGACGGAUCAUCGAGCUACAUAUGAGCGGCAUGAAAGUGAAUGCAAUCUCCAAAACUUUGUGCAUAUCACACGGUUGUGUUAGCAAGAUUAUCAGCAGAUACCGUCAGACAGGCAUUCUUUCUCCUGCCUCAUCUCCUGAACAGCGCCGAUCACGACGGAAGAAGAACGAGUCGCCGCCAGCCGAAGCUCAGGAGUACAAGUCAGAGUUUAAGCAGGAAUACCCACAUCCAGACUACAUUCCGCACGAGUUCCGCGUACAUUACGCGGCGCAACCGCAUCCCGCCGAUAUGCCGAUGCAGCACUACACGAUGAUUCCAGAGCAGAUGCUCGUGUCCGACUAUCCUCAGUCCGUGCUACUCUGACCACGACGUGGAGAUUGACACCUUUCGGUGCACGGAGAGCCCAAGCUGUGCCUUAUGUGCCUUGCCGUCCUUUGUCUCUUUCAAAUGACUGCCCUAACUAUGAAACGAAUUUUGUAGCGGUGCCUAAAACGGGUGCUUCACAUCAAAUGUCGAACCCAUGAUUUUUAUCUCCGUUUAGUCAAAGCCAUAGUUACUACUAUUUGCUAGUGAAACGAGUAGUUAUACGACUAGAAAUAUUGUCGUUUGUUAAUCAACAUUUAUGAGUUUGUGCCCUGUUUUGUAUGACGAGUAGCGCACGCAUUUCACUUUCUUUUCUGCCGGUAAUUCGUCACUGCUUUCACUUUAUCAUUUUCGCCUAGAUUACGAUGUAAAUAUCGCCACAAUCAUGCCAGUCACUUAAAUCCCCACAUCUAUCAUGCCAAAUGUUCUUGUCGCCACUAGAAACUAGUCUCUAUGAUUAUAUGCAUUUUUUAG